GGCUCGUGGUUCGCGGGGUCCAUGGGGAAUGCGGUGUCGCUGGCUCAGAUCUCGCAGAGCUCAGAAUCCUGCACGGCUCAGUCCUCGCCUCGCUCCUCCUCGCGGAGGAUUCUGGGAGGUGACGUCGCGGGUCUUGGUCGCGGGGCCCGUUUGCAGAGCCCGCGGCGCCGGGAGGACUGUUCUUCUUCAGAAGAGAAAACUGAAGAAGGAGGAAUGGCCGUGGGGCUUUGUAAAGCCAUGUCCCAGGGGUUGGUGACCUUCAGAGAUGUGGCACUAGACUUUUCCCAAGAAGAGUGGGAAUGGCUGAAGCCGUCUCAGAAGGAUUUAUACAGAGAUGUCAUGUUGGAGAACUACAGGAACUUGGUAUGGCUUGGACUCUCCAUUUCUAAGCCCAACAUGAUCUCCUUACUGGAGCAAGGGAAGGAGCCGUGGAUGGUGGAGAGAAAGAUGUCACAGGGUCACUGUGCAGACUGGGAGUCUUGGUGUGAAAUCAAGGAAUUAUCUCCAAAAUGGUUCAUUGAUGAAGAUGAAAUAUCCCAGGAGAUGAUAAUGGAAAGGCUAGCAAGUCAUGGCCUUGAAUGCUCCAGUUUCAGAGAAGCCUGGAAAUAUAAGGGUGAAUUUGAGCUACAUGAGGGAAAUGCGGAGAGGCAUUUCAUGCAAGUGACAGCUGUUAAGGAAAUCUCUACUGGGAAAAGACACAAUGAAUUUAGUAAUUUUGGGAGAAGCAUACCCCUGAAAUCAGUAUUUUUAACACAACAGACAGUUCCUACCAUACAGCAAGUACAUAAAUUUGAUAUUUAUGAUAAACUGUUCCCCCAAAAUUCACUCAUAAUUGAAUAUAAAAGACUCCGUGCUGAGAAGGAAUCUUUGAUAGGUAAUGAAUGUGAAGAAUUCAACCAAAGUACAUACUUUAGUAAAGAUAUAGGAAUUCCUCUUGGUGAGAAACCUUAUGAAAGUAAUGAUUUUUCAAAUUUCUUAAGUUUCCACUCAUUACUUACUCAACAUCAGACCACUCAUUUUGGAAAAUUACCCCAUGAAUACAAUGAAUAUGGUGAUGCCUUUAGCUGUUACUCAUUCUUUACUCAACCCCAGAGAAUUCACAGUGGAGAGAAACCAUACACAUGCAAUGACUGUGGAAAAGCCUUUAGCCAUGACUUCUUUCUCAGUGAACAUCAAAGGACUCAUAUUGGGGAGAAGCCUUAUGAAUGUAAGGAAUGCAACAAAGCCUUCAGACAGAGUGCUCACCUUGCUCAACACCAGAGGAUCCACACUGGAGAGAAACCGUUUGCAUGCAAUGAAUGUGGGAAGGCCUUUAGCCGUUAUGCCUUCCUUGUUGAACAUCAGAGAAUUCACACAGGUGAGAAACCAUAUGAAUGUAAAGAAUGUAACAAAGCCUUCAGACAGAGUGCUCACCUUAAUCAACAUCAGAGGAUUCACACGGGAGAGAAACCCUACGAAUGUAAUCAGUGUGGAAAAGCCUUUAGCAGACGCAUAGCCCUUACUCUGCAUCAAAGAAUUCACACAGGAGAGAAACCCUUCAAAUGUAGUGAAUGUGGGAAGACCUUUGGCUAUCGCUCACACCUGAAUCAACAUCAGAGGAUUCAUACCGGAGAAAAGCCCUAUGAGUGCAUCAAAUGCGGGAAGUUUUUUAGGACUGACUCACAACUUAAUCGACAUCAUAGAAUUCACACUGGAGAGAGACCAUUUGAAUGCAGUAAAUGUGGGAAAGCCUUCACUGAUGCUUUAGUUCUAAUUCACCAUAAGAGAAGUCAUGCAGGAGAGAAACCCUAUGAAUGUAACAAAUGUGGGAAGGCCUUCAGUUGUGGCUCAUAUCUUAAUCAACAUCAAAGAAUUCAUACUGGAGAGAAACCCUAUGAAUGUAAUGAAUGUGGGAAGGCUUUUCAUCAGAUCUUGUCCCUAAGACUACACCAGAGAAUUCAUGCUGGGGAAAAACCUUAUAAAUGUAAUGAAUGUGGGAAUAAUUUUAGCUGUGUCUCAGCCCUUAGACGACAUCAAAGAAUUCAUAAUAGAGAAACGCUCUGAUUAUAACACAAGUAUAGGAAAGAAAACAUUUGGUUACCACUCAGUCCUUAUUGAAUAUUAGUGAGUUCUUUCUUGGUUAGUAAUUCUUUGAAUGUAGUUCAUAUUUCAGUUCAUGAGAAUCCAUUAUUUGAAGUAGCUCAGUAGUAGACAUCUGUUACUUUUUUUUGUUUUAGACAGAGUCUCGCUCUGUUGCCCAGGCUGGAGUGCAGUGGUGCAAUCUUGGCUCACUGCAGCCUCUGCCUCCUGGGCUCAAGCAAUCCUCCUGCCUCAGCCUCCUGAGUAGCUGGGAUUACAGGUGCCUGUGACCAUGCCUGGCUA